AUGUCGGCGAAAAGUAUCAAAGGCACAGAUGGCAAAAAGCCAGCCUCUGCGGCCACGAAUCUUGUCGCUGGAGGAGCAGCAGGAAUGAUGGAAGCCCUCGCAUGUCAUCCUUUAGACACAAUAAAAGUGCGCAUGCAACUCUCCCGUCGGGCUCGCGCACCCGGCGCCCCCAAACGUGGCUUCAUUACCACGGGUUCGGAAAUCAUCAAGCGCGAAACGCCCCUCGGUCUCUACAAAGGACUUGGCGCCGUCAUAACUGGUAUUGUACCGAAGAUGGCAAUCAGAUUUACAAGUUUCGAGACGUACAAGAGGUGGUUGGCCGAUCAGGAAACGGGAAUUGUUACUGGGAGAGCUACGUUUUUGGCCGGUCUAGCAGCAGGUGUAACUGAAGCCGUGGCUGUCGUAACACCCAUGGAGGUAAUCAAGAUUCGACUCCAAGCCCAACACCACAGCAUGGCCGAUCCCCUCGACAUCCCUAAAUACCGCAAUGCCGCACAUGCAUUAUAUACCGUAGUAAAAGAAGAAGGAAUCGGUGCUUUAUACCGUGGAAUCUCUCUUACUGCUUUACGGCAAGGUUCCAACCAAGCCGUAAAUUUCACCGCCUACACCGAAUUCAAAGAGCUCCUCCAAAAAUGGCAACCCCAAUACUCCGACUCCCCCAUCCCAUCCUACCAAACCACGCUCAUCGGUCUCGUAUCCGGCGCCAUGGGUCCCUUAUCCAACGCUCCCAUCGAUACCAUCAAAACCCGUCUACAAAAAACCCCUGGAAUACCUGGAGAGACGGCUCUCAGUAGGAUUAAGACGAUUGCGGGGGAUAUGUUUAAACAGGAAGGAUUUCAUGCUUUUUAUAAGGGUAUUACGCCGCGGAUCAUGCGGGUUGCGCCCGGUCAGGCGGUUACGUUUACGGUUUAUGAGUAUUUGAAGGAGAAGUUGGAACAUAGCGAUAUGCCGAUGUUUGGGGGGAAGUAUGAGGAGUGA